GGCUUGGAUUCAGCCGGCAAGACGACAGCCCUCUAUAGACUCAAGUUUGACCAGUACUUGAAUACCGUUCCCACCAUUGGAUUCAACUGCGAGAAAGUCAAACUCAAUGGAAAGACUAAAGGCACGUCGUUUCUGAUUUGGGACAUCGGAGGUCAGGACAAACUGCGACCGCUGUGGAGGUCGUACACCCGGUGCACAGACGGCAUAAUCUUUGUGAUCGAUUCCGUGGACGACGAGCGUCUGGAGGAGGCGAAGAUGGAACUGAUGCGGACGGCGAAGUCGCCCGAGAACUCGAAGGUACCGAUCCUUGUGUUGGCCAACAAGCAGGACCUGCCCGGCGCUAAAGACUCGGCCGAAAUGGCACGACUCCUGGGCCUCCAAGACCUGACGGGUAGUCACUUAUGGCACGUCCAGUCCUCGUGUUCAGUGAUAGGCGAAGGACUGGAUGAAGGCCUGCAGACACUGCACGACAUGAUCGCCGAACAGAAGAGGUUAAACAAAGUGUCCAAAACCAAGAGAUAAUGAUUAGCUCUUUAUUUCUGAUAUAUAUUUAUUGAUAAAUGGUUUGCAAUUUAUAAGAUUUCAUAAAUGUUUUGUUAUUUUCUAUGAAAACGUCUUUUUUGAGACGAUAUCAUUGGUUUGAAUACCACUUCCUAUGCGAUGGCAAUGAUAUGAUUAAUGCAUAUGAAAAGCAAUUGUAAUAUUAAUCUCAGAUU